AUGAUUAAGAAACGAAUCGGUAUCUACGGAAUCAACUGUGCUGGCAAAACAACUAUACUCAAUGGCUUAAAAGAAAUUUUCAAUCACGCUUACGAAGGAUCGGAACUUGUCACUCGCAAUACGACCCUUGAGAAAUUCAAAAAACUCGACCCAGAGAGUAAAUUAAAACUUCGCAACGAGGCUAUCGAAUGGCUAAGAGAACUUACCGACGACGUCAUUGUCACCGGCCAUUUUAGUUUUGCCAAGGUAUCAUCCACAAAAGAAGUAUCCUUCGAAUCGGUCAUGACUGAUGCUGAUCGUGAUUAUUAUACAGACAUCAUUUACAUUGAUAUUUCGCCAGGUGAUGCUUACUGUCGACUCAAAAAAGAUGCGGAACUACGAUCAGAUCGUCCUUUUUUGACAGUUGAACAGAUCAAACAGUGGCUAGAUUACGAGAAGAAAGAAUUGGGAUCGAAUUGCGUCGAGUCCGGCAUUAUAUUUCACAAAUUCUAUCCUUUACCUGAUAAAAGCUCUAAUCUAGAAAUUUUGGUAGAACUUAUCAAGAAUAUUCGUACACAAACUGAAACUAAUAAUGAAAUCAAACUUAAGGCUGCAGUCCAGAAAUUAACCUCAAAGCUAAAUAUAAAACCCAAAGUAUUCUUACUACUUGACGCGGAUCGGACACUUUGUAAGAAUGAUACGGGAAUAUUGUUUUGGGAAAAGUAUCAUGCAUCCACGAACUCCAAUAUCGAUGAUUUUAGAGAAAACUUUAAGAUACAUGGGCACACUUAUUCUGCAUUCUUGCAAACUGCUUGCAAGUAUUCCAGCCUAGAUGAACGCUUGUAUAAGUAUCUCUGCAAAAAAGUUGUCGAAGAAACAGAAUUGCAUCCUGAGUUUAUCAAUUUUCUCAAAGCUAUUCUCUCUUCACCUUCGAACGCUGUAGUUCCAAUUGUUAUUUUUUCGGGCAUAGCAAACGUUUGGCAAGCUUUACUCGAGCAAAACUUUGGCGACAAAAUUUUUUCACUCGGAGGCAAUCUAUUUCCAAGUGGCGAAGAAUAUAUAAUGCAUGCUAAAUCUAAAGGCCAAUGCGUAGAAAUAUUGAAGGAACUUUAUCCGGAUUCCAAGAUAAUGGCAUUCGGAGAUAGUGAAGUUGAUUUAGAAAUGUUGAAAUUGGCGGAUGAAAGCUUUUUGGUUGUGGAUUAUACCAACAACAAAGCUCUAAGAAAGAGACUUAAUGAACAGAAAUACUUAGACUUAAAGAAAAAACUAAAAAAGAUUUUGUUUCCAAAUGGACCGAGUGAAGGUGAAGAAAAUGACGAAAUCCCUGUCGUCUCACUCGAUUCCAUCCUAUCCAACCUAAUUUAUCCGUCAACCAUUUUCGAGUACACUUUCUCACACGCGUCAAGGCUUCUCGCAACGGUUUCACGACGCAAAGAAAUCUGUAACCUUGACCUUUGCAAUAUACACGAAAACAUAGGAUAUUUCAUGGCUAGCAAAGUUGUGGAAGAUCUCGAGAUUAUUUCUGUAUCAAUAGAUCAUGUGCAAGGACAUUCCGUGACAAAUGGAUUCGCGUUAGAAAACGAAGAAGCAACUGGAAUCGUGGCAAUGAUGCGCGCAGGUGAACCAAUGGCUAAGGGAGUUUGGAAAUUCAUGCCGAAUGCAUCAUUUAUUCACCAUAACAAAAAUAUUGAUUUGGAUAAGUACGUAGGUCAUCUGGAGAGGAUACUCGUGGUGGAUUUUGUGAUAAAUGAGGGAAACACCAUGCGAGAUAUUCUGAAUUAUUUAAUUCGGUUUCAUCAAUUUCGUGGAAAGAUCAUUGUUAUUACUGGCGUUAUGCAAGAUGUCACAGCUAAAAAAUUACCAUUCGAGUAUCCUGAGGUCUUAUUUUAUGCGCUUAGGACAUCGAUGAAUAAGUAUAAAGGAGUUGGUACCACCGAUACUGGUAAUCGACUUUAUAAUACCACUACGGCUGAUUAG